AUGCAUUCUGCGCCGUCACUGUCUUGCAGCCGGCUUGGCAAAGUGUUGACAACUCGAACUCGGACCCUGGCAUCCCCACUUUUUUACCUCUUUAGUCUUUCCAUGUUUGGUGCAACAUUCGUCUCGGCGUCAAUACUGGUCGACGAGAACCCUGUUGUACCUGGUUAUGUGAUGCGAUAUGCCCCUCUGGUUUGGCUCCACUCCGAGGAUCCGUUCAGACCGUCCGACCUCAUCAAGCACUUGCAACACACUACGCCCAUGAUCAACGGGAAACCCGUCGAAGAUCCUUCAAGUAUCAAUCUGGAUAACCUUGAUCGCCUAAACACAGCUGGAGAGAAGAAAGUAGCUCUCACUUCUAAAGAUGACGUUACGAAAUUUCCUCCGUGGCUAUACGGUCAAGAGCCGGACGGAGACGGGAAACUACACAAUGCAACGGCAUCUGUAGUCAUUGUUGUGGAGAAACCCCCCCAAGAUGUGGACGCCUUCUACUUUUACUUUUACUCGUAUGAUCAAGGAGGAAACAUGACCCAAGUGAAGGAGCCGCUUGGCAGCUUCAUCGGCUCUCAGGACGGUCUGCAUUUCGGAAGUCAUGUCGGGGACUGCCAGCAUUCGGACGGCGCAGCCUAUGACUGGCACGAUGAACGGGUCAUGCUCAAGGAUGGCCGGCCAUACGUUUAUAGCGCACUCGGCUCGCAUGCCAAUUAUCCUGCUUCCGGCGAGCAAACGCAUGACUCGGUCUUGUUUGACAACUGCGACAGCGGUAUGCUCUGGGAUCCUGUUGCAUCAGCAUACUUGUUCCAUCUCGAUCCCGACAGCUUCCGUCUUACCCGCCUGUCUCCAUCCAAGUCCAAUCUCGCAACGUCCAACUUGACGUCCUUUUUCUACUUUGACGGGAUUUGGGGAGACGACGAAUAUGCCCAAGACGAUCCCCGCCAGCACAAGGUUCCAUGGGUAGGGCUGAAACGGUUCGUCGCGGGACCGCAAGGCCCAGCGUACAAAGGACUUGUCAGGAAGGGGCUCUUUCCGGACGGCCAUGGGGGAAAGAACUUUCUACAGUGGGCUGCGGCAGCUUUCAUGGCCUUGUACCCAAACUACUUUCGAGCCUGGAGAAAGUGGAUCACGAUAUCGGUCAUUGUCGUGCUGGUGACGGUACUGGUGGUGGGCGGGGGACUUGUGGCAAGGCGAUGUAAGCAAAACAACAAGCCAAGAUAUGAGCAACUGCCUGUUGAAAAUAUCCCCUUGAUGGAAAUUUCCUGUGAGCAUGACGGACCGUGUAGUCCACUUGAAGAUGAUGGAAGCUAG